AUGGCAAAGCAACGCACUCUUCUCUUCGUGACGAACAGUGAGCUGGGCCAGGCCAGCGUCAUUCUCGCCGUCGCGUAUGAGUUUCUCGUACGGCGGGAGUACGAUGUGCAUAUCGCUUCCUUCCCCGCUCUUCAGAGCAGCGUUGACGAUCUUAACGACACAGCAUUUCGCCUUAGCAAUGGGACAUGCAGCGCCAUCACAUUCCACCAUCUGUCUGGAAAGUCGAUGAAGGAGGCCGCCCCUCCUGGUACCGAAUUUCUCGACCUACAUCCUCCAGGCAUUAGGGGAGCUCUGUUUGCUUACGACAAUGUGCUCCCCGCAACUUUUGCUCCGUGGCACGGAGUCGAGUACAUGAUCGGUUACAGCAGCACCAUCGAGAUUAUCAGCGAUGUUGCUCCCAAAUUGGUGGUUGUCGAUCCAUUGUUUAGUCAAGCCGUUGAUGCUUGCAAUGCGAUAGGUCAGAAGUGCAUGAUUCUUAGCCCGAAUACCUUCAAGGAGCUUGUACUGGACCGACAGCCUAAUGGAGGAGCUUUGUGGAAGUUUCCAGCGAUGGCAUCAGGUUUUCCCUACCCUGUCCCUUGGUCGUACAUUCCGGCGAACAUGUACCUCAUCUAUCGCUUCUUACGCUCGCGCCGUCAGAACGAGAGACUUCUUCAACUGUCGCGAUAUCGUGAAGGUUGUGGUCUCCCAGGCAAGAUCCCGUCCAUGUUCGAGGGAUUUGGCGAUGCUCAUAUUCUGCUCCCUUCGACAUCGACCAUCGACUAUGACUUCUCCAUACCUUCACACGUAACUCCUUGUGGCCCCAUCAUACCCCCCUUUGAACCUCUUGCCGAGACUGACCCAAAACUGAGCGCCUGGUUACAACAAGGUCCAACGGUCUUGAUAAAUCUCGGAUCCCAUGUUGUUGUCGACCAGCAUCUCACCGCCGAAUUUGCGGCUGGCGUCAAAACUCUACUCGACCGUCGACCCGAUGUACAGAUCUUGUGGAAGUUGAAGACCAAGGUCGAUGUGAAGGAUGCUCUGCAUGUGAUUGCCGAAGAGAUCAAAACCAAGCGAGUUUGGAUCGAGUCUUGGCUACCCGCCAAACCCCUCGCAAUCUUGAUGACUAACACAAUUGUCUGCACUGUUCACCACGGUGGAUCUAAUUCGUACCAUGAGGCCAUACAUGCUGGGGUUCCACAAGUUGUCCUGCCUGUCUGGAUUGACACAUACGAUUUUGCUAUCCGAGUCGAGUAUCUUGGUCUAGGCGUGUGGGGUAAUCGUGUUGCUGCACCAUACGUUGGAGCAUCGGAACUUGGAACAGCCUUUCUCAAAGUGGUCGAUGGGCGAGAGUCUGCUAGGAUGGUGAUCAAGGCUAAGAGCAUUGCGGUUCCCUUUCAGGAGCGCCCUGGCCGGCAGGUCGCUUUCGAGAAGAUGACCGAGAUAUUGGAACUCUGA